AUAUAUCCACGUUGUAUACAAACAACUAGCAAAGCUUAUCACAGAGACAAGAUCAUGACAAGGUCUAAGGAUUAGCUGUACCAUAACCAUGACAUCACACCUCAGAAUUCAUACUUCUUUAAUAUUUGAAAUUGGUUUGAGGAUCUUCUUGGCAAUUUUCUUCUAUAUUUCUGAUGAUGCUGUCCCUUUCCGGAGGACAAUACAGCCUGAGGAGUAUUGGUUGUACCAGUUUCCAAGGACACCCAGUUACUACCCAAGUAGAUACCUGUGGAGAACUGUAUUUGGAGCUCCAGUCAUAGUGAUAGGAAUAAUAUACCUGUGGAAAAAGGAUAUUGCAGAUGUGAAACAAGCUGUUUUAGGUGUGGUGUUGUCUGUAUUUCUGACAGGGUCAGUCACUAACUGUAUCAAGCUUGGUGUGGGAAGGCCACGUCCAGACUUUAUAGCCCGCUGUUUUCCUGAUGGAACUUUUAACAACGAGUUCCGUUGUACAGGAAAUGAGUUGGAUGUGAUUCAGGGAUAUAAAAGCUUCCCUAGUGGACAUUCUUCAUUUGCCUUCAGCAGUCUUGGUUUUCUGGCCCUGUAUGUUGCUGGGAAGCUGCAGUGUUUUAGUCGUCGAGGACGGGGUCAGACAUGGCGUGUGAUUUGUGUUGUCUGCCUCCUCCUUUGGCCAGUGAUGAUUGCUGUGUCACGUACUGCUGAUUAUCACCAUCACUGGCAGGAUGUAAGUGUAGGGUCCAUACUGGGGAUGUGUAUUGCCUAUAUGUGUUACAGACAGUACUAUCCAGCGAUCAACAGACUCAACUCGGAUAUCCCCUACAUAUUACAGCCACAGGAAGUGGAAACUCCGUCCACUCCAUUAUUCACUAAUACCGUCAACGAUGAUAUCCUAAAGAUAGUCUGAUAUCUAAACAAUGUAGGAGUUUUGUUUUUAGCUGAUUAAGACAUUAUGUAUGUCAGUAAAAUAUUUAGGGUUAUGUGGUAUGUUUAUUGGUACAACUUAUAUAUCUUAUAUAACUUAAGGGUACAUGGUACCUCAAUAUAUUUUUCAGUAAAACACAUAAAGGUAUACAUUGCUUCUAACUUGACCAUGAAUUUAAGGCAAUUUGUUGGUAUAAUUGUGUUCUGUAAAUCACUUCAGA